GAACAUCCGUCCGCUGAGAUUGGGUUCCUCCUGCCGCGGACGGGUCGGUCUUUCAGGCGGAAAAAAAGCGGCACCGUCGCUGUGUUUACAUCCGACCAGCGAGUGGAAAACCACACGGAGACACCCAGAUGGAGUCGCAGGGCAAAGAGGAGCCGAAGGGACCGGUUUUACACAUCGUUGUGGUCGGCUUUCAUCACAAAAAGGGCUGUCAGGUCGAGUUCUCCUACCCGCCGCUCCUUCCAGACGAGGGCCAUGACAGCAGCUCCCUGCCGGACGAGUGGAAGUACCUGCCUUUCCUGGCGCUUCCCGACGGGGCUCACAACUACCAGGAAGACACAGUUUACUUUCACCUCCCUCCGCUGACUGGAGACAUGAAGUGUGUCUACGGAGUGUCCUGUUACCGUCAAAUAGAGGCUAAGGCUCUAAAGGUCCGACAAGCUGACGUCACCAGGGAGACGGUUCAGAAGAGCGUCUGCGUCCUCAGUCGAGUGCCUCUGUACGGUCUGCUUCAAGCAAAAUUACAGCUCAUCACACACGCCUACUUUGAGGAGAAAGACUUCUCUCAGAUUUCCAUUUUAAAGGAGCUGUAUGAACACAUGAAUGGCUCUCUGAGGUGUUCGACUCUGGAGGGCUCACAGGUUUACCUCGGGCUGUCAGCAAGAGACUUAAUACUGCACUUUAGACACAAGGUCCUCAUCCUCUUCAAACUCAUUCUGCUGGAGAAGAGGAUCCUGUUUUACGUAUCUCCUGUCAACAGGCUAGUUGGAGCUCUGAUGACAGUUUUAUCGCUAUUUCCAGGCUUGAUCGAACACGGCCUGGUGGACUCCUCCCACUACAGGCCAAAGAGCAGCGUGUCAGAGGACCUGAGUCUGGUGGAGAGCGUCCCAGGAGCCGAGGAGUUCGUCUCCGUUUCCGUCACUGACAUCGCUGACGCCUCCCUGGAGGUGGAGGAGAGGGAGGAGACGUCCCGGGACAAGGCGGAAGCUCCGUCCUCCUCGACCAGCACAGAGGGGGACAACCAUCACCUGAAACCCCCGUCACGCACCUCGCCGGAGUCCUCCGAGAGCGAAUGGGAGACGCUGGAUCCCAGCAUAUUAGAGGAGGGCGGAGUCAAGGAAGCGGCCGAGGGGAAGGAGGCGGGGUCAGAGCACCCGGAAACCUUUGACCCCCAGCCGGGGAUCCCCAUCACGGUGCAGCCGCAGUCGGCCGCGGGCCAGGGGGUAGUCACCCAGGGCCUGGUGUCCGGUCUGGACGAGGAUCAGUACGGGCUUCCCCUCGCCAUUUUCACCAAGGGUUACCUGUGUCUGCCCUACAUGGCCCUGCAGCAGCAUCACCUCCUCUCCGACGUGACGGUGCGCGGCUUCGUUGCCGGGGCGACCAACAUCCUCUUCCGCCAGCAGAGGCACCUGAGUGACGCCGUUAUUGAGGUGGACGAGGCCCGUAUCCAGAUCCAGGACCCUGAGCUGCGGAAGAUGCUGAGCCUGACGACGGCAGACCUGCGUUUCGCCGACUAUCUGGUCAAACACGUGACGGAGAACCGCGAGGACGUUUUCCUGGACGGGACGGGCUGGGAGGGCGGCGACGAGUGGAUCAGGGCCCAGUUCACCCUCUACCUCCAAACCUUACUGUCCUCCUCCAUACAGCAAGAUAAUGAGAGGCUGCUGGCUGAUUAUGGCGUGCCUUUCAUCGCGGCGUGGAAGAUCACCCACAACUACCGGGUGUGGUACAGCAACAAGCACCCAGCCAUGGCCGACAUCACUCCGGGCCACCCGUUCCAGGGACAGUAUAGUGUUGCUGACGUGAAGUUAAGGCUCUCACACUCGGUGCAGAACAGCGAGCGGGGGAAGAAGAUCGGGAACGCCAUGAUGACCACCAGUCGCAGCGUCGUCCAGACUGGGAAGGCCGUGGGCCAGUCGGUGGGCGGGGCGUUGACCAGCGCCAAGUCGGCCAUGUCGUCCUGGUUCUCCACACUGGCGCAGCCCGCAGCCAUGGCCGGCCCGGACUGCCCCGAGCCCGCCGCCGAGGUCAAGCCGUGACCGCCGGCGCGUCCAAGCACUCUGCAGGUGUCCCCUCUUUCACUUUCUUCUCCUUCCAUUUCCUCUGGCUCCCUGACAGCCUGUGGGUGAGAGGACUUUGGGGUGUCCUUUUUUUUUUAUUUAUUUUGUUUGUUUUUUUUACCUGACCUGACCUGGUUUUAUGAAGGAGAAGGAAGACACGGGGCAACAAAAAGGGCAGGAAACGGUAAAUCAACUCUGACAAAAAAAAAGAACAGGAGUCCCACCCCUGAUGAAGCAGAUUAAUCCCACCUGUGAUCGACACCCCAGCCCCCCCCGCCCCCCUCGGUGUCUGCGGGGUUUACCUGGCAUCACAGCCGGGAUCCUGCUCUGCUCUCCAGCCCGUUUUCCUCCCACUGUGGGCGAGAAGCUGCGCCGCCACUUUCGCCGAACAACCCAGCACGCAUCCACUGUGAGGCGGCGGAUCUGCCCCGAAAACUGAUCAAAUCCUGAAUCUGAACGGGCCGCACACACACACACACACACUCACACACUGCUGGACGCUCUCACACACCAGACACUAAAGACGCUGCCGUCGGGUUUGCUGUGUUCAUACGUUGCUGCGUAUUUCUGGAGGUUCUCUCCUGACAAAAACAACUGUAAAAAAAAAUGUAUUUGUGUGUCCUUAGGUAGCCUGACAGCAUGAGUACUUGAGAUUUUAUCAGUCCUGUUAUUAAGUUCGCUCAGGCUCGUGACGACACUGUACAUGCCUGUGUGAUGACAUUGUAAUCGUGACGGUAACAACAUCGAUUUCCAGGCGAUCGGCGAUGAUCUCGGAUUACUUUGGGUUGCCGACGCUGCAAUUACGAAAUUUUGAAUGCUGUUACUUCAACAGUUACAAUGUUUUUGCAUCAACCUCCUUUACCCAAUGCCUGAUUUUUGUGUCCUGUAGCCUAGAAAUAAUUAUUAUUAUGAAGGAACCUGCACCCAGAUUUGUGUGUUGACUGGGUUUUACCCUUAUUUUGGACCCCAGAGCUAUUUUUUCUAGCUAGCUUUCAGUAUACAUAAUGGGAGAGAUACAGUAUAUUUGACUAUAAAAUAUCGAGGCGGGAGAUCGUUUAAGGUUCAGACGGUUUAUUUAUUUGUCGUGGAUCGGCUGAUUGGUACAUAAUCUGUGUAAUUUCCAUGUUUUGUCAUGAUAACACUGGAACAAGUCCGAAUCUGUGGACCACUCUUAUGUGUUUGCACAUAGCAACCAUUAUGAUAUUUAUGUCUACUUGCUUAUCUUGUAUAAUUGUAAUUUCGAGGUGCUUACAGGAACCCCUUGUUCACUUUUCCUCCCCCCCCCCAUACAAGUACUGUUUGUAUUUGACAUUGUUUGAGUGUCGGAUUUGUUUCUAAAAGUGGUAAGCAUGCUCUGUCAAGUCCAGUUUUUCCAGCUGAAAAUGAGUAUCACCCCUUUUGUCGGCCUUUAAAACCGUUUUAUACGUUCGCUCCUUGGUUUGUUUAUUUUUUCAUGCUUUAAAAAGACCCUCUGUGGCCAGUUAGGUAGCUCAUUUUUGGAUUUGCGUUUCCGAAAAUGGCUGUUUAAUCUCUCUUCUUCUUUUUUUUUUAUCCUCUGACAAUUAUAUUUUCAUUUUGUAUUUAAAAAAAAAUAUAUAUGAAUGUAUCGUGAAUUCAGAUUCACAAAAUAUUUUUCCUGAGAGAUGCUUUUAAUGUAUUUCAGAAGAAAGUGAUAUAUUAUAUUGCUGCAUUCAAAUAAAUAAUUAAAACAUA